AUGGUAUUCCCAAUUCUGCCUGUCUAUGGUAAGAAUGCCGUCAAUGUUAUAAAGACGAAGUCUUUCUUGACUGUGACUGAUCAAGCCCUAUUGAACUCAUCUGUUUUAGGCAAGGAUGAGAUUAAGAAGUUUGUUGAGGAGCUUGCCUCCAGUAUCAGUCUCAUUUCCGUUCUUAUUGAUAACUCAAACAUUUUUGAUGACGAGGAUAUUGUUGAACUACUGAAUAAUGGUGUUGCUACGUUGUUCUUGAAUGAUCAAAGUUAUGCAGACCAUUUGUCCCACGACGUGGGCGUCCCAACGGAGAGACUAACUGUUCUAGAGGGGUCUGUCUACAAGAACAAGUUCGUUGUGGUAGCUGAUUUCGCUGCCUCUGAUCUAGCUCCUGCUGAUCAGAUUACCAUCGAUCAGCUGAGUCAAUCGUUACUCUCCAAAAUCAAGACCGACCGCCAGGACAAAUUGUUCACCACUUUGGUUGUUGAUACAUAUGAACGCUGUCUGGGUCUUGUUUACUCUUCCGCCGAAUCCGUUAAAUUAGCCAUUGAAAAGAAAGCGGGUGUAUACUUCUCUCGUUCUCGUAAUGAGAUUUGGGAAAAGGGCCUCACUUCAGGCGACACUCAAGAAUUGAAAUCUAUUCAAUUGGACUGCGAUGGUGAUGCUCUGAAAUUUGUCGUUGAACCAAGUGGCAAGACUUCCAAUUUCUGCCACUUGAACACAGAAUCGUGUUUCGGCCAAUUCAACCACGGUUUGGUCGGCCUAGAAAGAUUGCUUAAGGACCGUUUGGCUAAUGCACCACAAAAAUCCUACACUCGUAGAUUGUUUUCAGACCCAGAUUUGUUGACUGCUAAGAUCAAAGAAGAAGCAGAAGAACUGACCGAGGCUGACAGCAAGUCAGAGUUGGCUUGGGAAGCUGCCGAUUUGUUUUACUUUGCUCUGGCCAAAUUAGUGGCUAACGGUGUUAGUCUAUCGGAUGUUGAAACCAAUCUGAAUAAGAAGCACUUGAAGAUCACCAGACGUAAAGGGGACGCUAAGCCCAAGUUCUUGCAAAUGCAGAAGGCACCAGAACCACAAAAUGCUCAAGCUGAAGAACCUACUUCGGAAACGGUUGUUCUUGAUGUGGUUGCAUCUUCAAACCAAAGCGGUGUUGAAAAGGCGCUAUCGAGACCAAUUCAAAAGACGUCUGAAAUUAUGCAUUUGGUCAACCCAAUCGUGGAAAGGGUCAGAAACGAAGGUGACAAGGCUCUCAUCGAAUUUACUGCCAAGUUUGACGGUGUUCAAUUGACUAGCCCUGUGUUGGAAGCUCCUUUCCCAGAAGAAUAUUUCGAGGGUCUAACAGACGAGAUGAAGGAAGCGUUGGAUUUAUCCAUCGAAAACGUUCGUAAAUUCCAUGCCGCUCAACUACAGACUGAGGUACUUCAAGUUGAAACACAACCUGGUGUUGUCUGCUCAAGAUUCCCUCGCCCUAUUGAAAAAGUCGGUCUUUAUAUUCCAGGUGGUACCGCUGUCUUACCUAGUACCGCUUUAAUGUUGGGUGUUCCAGCACAAGUUGCUGAAUGUAAGGAAAUUGUCUUUGCUUCUCCGCCACGCAAAUCGGAUGGUAGAGUUUCACCUGAGGUUAUUUACGUGGCCGCCAAGGUAGGUGCUUCCAAGAUUGUCUUGGCUGGUGGUGCGCAAGCUGUUGCCGCUAUGGCCUACGGUACCGAGUCUAUCCCCAAGGUUGACAAGAUUCUGGGCCCAGGUAAUCAGUUCGUCACCGCUGCUAAGAUGUAUGUUCAAAACGAUACACAGGCGUUAUGUUCCAUCGAUAUGCCAGCAGGUCCAAGUGAAGUUCUGGUUAUUUGUGAUGAAGACGCCGAUGUGGACUUUGUCGCUAGUGACUUGCUAUCACAAGCCGAGCAUGGUAUCGACUCACAGGUCAUCCUACUCGGUGUUAACCUAAGCGACAAAAAGAUUCAGCAAGUGCAAGAUGCCGUCCAUGAACAAGCUGUCAAACUUCCCAGAGUGGAUAUCGUGCGUAAAUGUAUCGCUCACAGUGCCAUCAUCACUUGUGGGAGCUACGAAGAGGCCUUUGACAUUUCGAACCAAUAUGCUCCUGAGCAUUUGAUCCUCCAAAUCACCAACGCCCAAGACUACGUCAAACUUGUCGACCACGCAGGUAGUAUAUUUGUUGGUGCCUACACUCCAGAAUCAUGUGGUGACUACUCAAGUGGUACCAACCACACCUUACCAACUUACGGUUACGCCAGACAAUACAGUGGCGUGAACACUUCUACUUUCCAAAAGUUCAUCACCUCUCAGAACGUUUCCCCAGAAGGUUUGAAGAACAUCGGUAAAGCCGUUAUGUGUGUUGCCAAGGUUGAAGGCCUUGAUGCUCACAGAAAUGCCGUCAAGAUCAGAAUGAGCAAACUAGGCUUGCUUCCCGAGAAUUUUCAGUGA